GGCGGAAAUGUACUUCCUUGCGGAGCUAACUUCACAUUCUCUAUCCUGCCAGUGCCCGUGAACUCCUGGAGCACCAGCUGACUGCACCGUGAGGAUUCUGCACUCAGCAUCCACGAGCCAGACUACAGUGCCCGGUUCUGAUGGGCAGGACAUGGCUCUUCGACUUGUGUCUGCUUCAACUAGUGCAGGCGUGAGGAUGGCGUGCACAGGGCGCCCAACUGUAAGCCUACGUGGGACGGAACUUCCUGACAGAUCCCGGGGCCAAGUCGGGACCACGUGGGAAAUCCCAGAAAUAAAGGAGGAGCAGGGCGAGAGGGCGCUGGCCUGUUUAGUUUCCGGGUCCUUCUAGUCUCCAGCAAAUGCUUGAACAGGACACCCUCCCCCCAUUCUGUCAAAAAGUGACAGAAUGCAUUUGAAAACCUGCAGGUGGAAGACCCUACAGUACUCUGGCCCGGAGUCCUGUAACAGUGAUGAAUACAUGAAUGCUGGCCACUGCUGCAAGAUGUGCCCUUCAGGUCAGUAUGUGGAGAAGCCCUGCAUGAGACCCCACACCCAGGGAGUGUGUGUGAAGUGUGAGCUGGGGACAUACACAGCAUAUGCCAACGGCCUGGAGUCUUGCCUCCUCUGCUCCACCUGCCGCGCUGACCAAGAAGUGGUGCAAAAAUGCUCCCCAACCAAUGACCAGAAAUGCGAGUGCAAACAGGGCUACUUCUGUGAGAACGCUGGAUUUUCUGAAGUCUGCACACCAUGUGAUAAGUGUCCUGAUGGGACUGCAGUCCUCCAAGAAUGCAAUGCCACAUCAAACACAGUCUGCGGAGCGGCUCAUUCAGAGCUCUCCAACCAGCAAUCAGAAUUUACAUUCCUGGUACCAAUUAUUGUAAUCUCACUAGUCUUCAUGGUAGCGCUCCUGGUAUGGCAUUUUCGAAAUAAAUUUGCAUCCUGGAUAUGUCGCAUGUCUAACAGCAUAGGAGGAAGAGGUGGCACCCUGGUGUCAGGAAACGCUAAUGGGUGUGAUGACACGAGGGGACAGUCAGCGGCUGAGAGUUCUGUCACUGAGGUAGGUGAUGAGUGCAGCAGCGACCCCGCAAGUACUUCUCACACAUCACCUGGUGAAGAGGGAAGCUGCAUGUUACCUCAGAAUUUUGAGAGUUCCAUCCCAGGUGAUCCCUCUCCGUAUGUGGUGACGCCAGACACAAUGCCAGAAGCAUGUGGCUCAGCAUGUCCAGGAAGCGGAAGAGAAGACGAGAGGACUGAGUCCCAGAAUCUCCUAGGAUGUAUUUCUAGUAACCUGGAGGCCUCUCACCAGGCCCCGCCUCUCAGGGAUUCCAGUAUCUCCUGGAGUGCCAGGCCAAGCGUCAACAGUUUAACUCCAAGCGCUGUAGAUGCCAACCAUAAAAUCUGCUCUCAUGGGUAGCCUGGACAAGACAUAAGGGGCAAGAGGGUGGUCCGUGCUUAUGGCUUGUCCCCUCCUUGCUGCCCUCUGCCUGCCCUGCUUUGUCCUGGAGUGUUUAUGCCAUGUGAUAUCACACACACUGUGACCCCAAGCAUCAGGCUCUGAACAAACCAAACACAGGAUGCACCAACACCAAGGAGCUUAAGGAGUCAGUUUAUUACUCAGGUGGACUUCUGAGCAGGAUCUCUCCUGAAGAACCAGAGCCCUGCCCUGCCCAUUUAUUUUCCCCUAAAUCCUAAGGGAUUUUAAAGGGAAAGUAAAUGGUUGGGGGAUGACAAAGGCAAAUUUAGUGCAUAUGGCUUAAGCGUUUGAUGACACCAUGGAUUAUGAAGAGGAAGAAAUGUUCUGUUAUGUUGUAAGUUACAUCACAAAGCUGUUAGUGCCAGUUAUACAAAGGUAGUAAAGAGGGGUUCAUCAGAGGACCAUUUGAAGUUCCAUUACGGUUAGACAGAGUUACACAGGAAAGGAAUGUUGUGUUUGCAGGUGUGUCUGGACACAUCCACUUGUUUUCAUAGGAAUUCUGGAGGUUUUUUAAAAUGUUAACUUUCCCUUUCAGACUCUAGGGACGUAUCAGUCUGCCCUCAAGAUCCCCCAAAGUCUUCAUACUUGUUCCAGACUUAUUCAAAAUCCAAUUCCAAAGGCUCCUAGACGAUUCAAGGUCCUGUCUGCCCAUACACCUUCUGUUGUACUCCAAGAAUUAAAUAGCUUCGUUAUAUGUGUAUUAUAGCAAACCUGUAAAGUGGCUUACUAAAUAUGUUUGUUUUAUCCUUUUUCCCUAAUUGAUAUGUUAAGUGACCUAAUUGAUAUGUUGAGCAACAGUCUCCUCUGUAAAGAAUUGCAAGAAUCUCACCUAAUUGAUAUGUUAACCAUUGUUGCCCUCUACAAACUACAGAAGCUGUGCUAAAACAAGCUAACAAGGGUUGUUAAUCACUGCUAGGUGCCUCUAUUCUCCGCUAAAGAGCUAAAGAAGACUAGAAUGACAAUUAAUUUACAUUUAUUUAAAGUAACCUGCUUGUGUGCAGAGAGAUUUGCUUAUGAGUUUAACCCUUUACCCUGACCUUGACACAUAACCGCCGCCGUUUUCUGUUCUGUAUGGUGCCUUAUUGCCUCCCUUUCCCCUCACCUAUCUAUCUAGGCCAUAAAGAAUUUGGGUUUCUGGUGACCUCCCCCCUGACCCAGUGAUGAUCUGUCAUAAAAUGAGCCUGCCCCAAAGUUUAAGAACUGUUUAGCUUCAAAGAAAUUACUGGGUAAUACUAUGGCCCAAAACCCUUAACGGUGCUUUCCUUUUGUUCUGUAUGUAUCAAAUGAGUUAGAUAUCAGAUCUUUGUAAAACUUAAGUUCCAGCAUCUCACAACUCAUGACCCCUUCGCACUCCCUAGCGAAGACGAGCUGUCCUGGGAUAAUUAACUUCCCCACUUUCUUCUCCAAACAUUGCUGCAGAUGUGCCACUCUGAGAUAUGUCAGUCUGUAGGAUGGGAGUAAUUUGAGAAACACCAGGAACUCCCGAGAUUGUCAGAGCUAAGUGGACAGCAAUACAGUUUCCAGACUCGGGUCAACAAAUUUGAUGGCUCUGCAGGUUUCUUUGUUUCUCCCCCCACCUUUUCCUCCAGCCUCUUUUUAAAGUCCUCCCUUCAGUCUCGGGGGACAGUCUCCAAAUUGGCUCCCGGAGACUGGUCACCAGGCCUGGAAAUAAAGCCUUUGCCACCUAAA